GUUCCAAGUCAUGUGUCUCGUCGCCAUGAGAUCUGCCUGUCACACCGUCCCCUCUGACCGUUGCCAUCGCAUCGUGCCGCAGCAACGUCCCAAUGCGUCCGCUCGUACACGACGAACGCUCAAAUGACCAACUUUGCUUCGCUGAUGAGCUUUGCGCUGGUCGCUUUCUCAUGCUUCGCCAGAUCGAACGGGUUGGCUGUCGAGCAGGCUGCGCCCGAGAAACGAGAGCCAGUCAUCGAGUCUCGUGGAUACGGUUCCGUUCAGACAGCAGGCCUGACGACCAAGGAUGUCAACGGCAAUCCGCAGUUCGAGAUGGUCUUCAGCAUCCAGGUAUCGGAUAGCUUCAAUGGUCUCAUGGUCUGGGGCUCAGAUCAGCGCGGUGGCGAGCAUAGUGUCCUCAAGCGCUGGACUGAUCCUCAUGGCGACUAUGCGCACCAAAUUUGGCUGAGCUAUGGCGAUCUCUCCAUCGAGCUCAGUAUGCAUCACACCCCGGGCACUCAAAAUGUGGUUUCCUAUCAGGUCCAGAAUUUCAGAGUCAAGGGUGUCGUGCAGGAUUUCUAUGGACCCGUGUUUGUUGCUUUUCGCUCCGUCCUGGCAAAGUCUGAUGCUUCUGCAGAUUCCGCGUCAAUCAUGCUCAGAUUCUGCCUUAUGUACCUUAGUCUCACCGGCGUUCUUCGGGCAGUCUCACCUGCGCGAUGUACACUUUGCAUCUUUUGGACGAACUUGAGCAGGUCCUACAAAAUGAGCAAGGAAAAGUGA